UUGUAUUUUUUGUCAGCAGAUCCCCCUGGCUGUGCCUGUGUGUUGGACGUGUAGCUUUAGCUGAUUAGCCUGCUCGCAGUGAGUGAAUGCAGCUGUGUGUCUCCAGUCAGAUGUGGAGGCCCAGGUUAGAGCAGGAGCUCAGUGCGGUGCUGCUGAUGUAGGCUACAAUGAUAAUAGUCAUGUUAAUACUAAUAUGUAAAGCGACAACAGAGCUUAUACAUGUGGAUGUUUGUUUGUGAUCAGCUGCCAAACUCAGCUGCUGGUUGAUGUUUUUUUUUUUUUUUAUCCUGCCUGAUCUGAGGAAGCACAGCUGGACUGGGAACUCUCAGAACUCACUGGGACAGAGCCGUCAUCCUCUCUCGAAGAUGUCCACGCAGGAGGCUUACUGGCUCGUGAAGCAGCUGCCCAGUAGAAGAUCCUGGGAUUGAGACGUGAAUCCCUUUACACCGAUGGCCUGGACUGAGUUUCAGCUGGCCUGCUGAAGCUAUGGGGAGCUGCUGGAGCUGUCUGUACAGAGACCCCAUCCGAGACAACCAUCUCACCAAAUUUAAGGUCAUCAAUGUUGAUGAUGAAGGCAACGAGCUCGGCUCUGGGAUCAUGGAGCUCACCCAGACUGAGCUCAUUCUUCACACACGCAAAAGAGACGCCAUCCGGUGGCCGUACCUCUGCCUGCGACGCUACGGCUACGACUCCAACCUCUUUUCCUUUGAGAGCGGCCGCCGCUGUCAGACAGGGCAGGGAAUCUUUGCAUUCAAGUGUUCCCGGGCUGAAGAGAUCUUCAACCUGCUCCAGGAGCUGAUGCAAUGUAACAGCAUCAACGUGGUGGAGGAGUCAAUGAUGAUGAGUCGAAGUGGCCACACUCCAGAGAUGGACAUGUCUCGGACACCACAGACUCCCAACACUCCAGCUUUUCCCGUCCAGUCCUUUCCAAACGGAUAUCCAGGUUAUCCCAUCAGAGGGGAUUCCUCCCAACCAUCUCUUGAUGACCAUGGACACAGCCUCAUGGCUUUGGAAGACCAGACUCACACCUAUGUGAAUACUGUGAGUAUGGACGGAGAUCUUUCCAUGCGUCACUGUGUGCACUCUCUGCCUGAGGUGCGGCCUAGCGCUUUGCCCGAAACGACACGUGGAGCCAUGCCGGUUGGAGGCCAAGGUAACCCACAGUCCAACAUGAGAUGCUGUCCGCUUGAGGAGCGCAAAGACCCCCAGGUGUUCCUACAGCCGUCCUCGCAAGAGGUCAAGUUCAUGUUGGGGCCCACUCCAGCUCAGCGCCAUCUCAUGGAGAGGGAGAGGCUCGGGCACAAUCCUCACAACCUUCAGCCAACAGAGGGUGCUACAGGUUCAGAGACGGAGGGGGACGAGCCUGGGAUGCACUUGUGCAACUCCCACUCCUAUCAUCAUUUCCAUCACCACAUGCACCGGCAUCCGAGUCACGAGCACCCAGACAGCUCUCAGAGCGGCGAGCUCACCUACGAAAACAUCAACGGCCUGCGGAGCGGCCGAAAGCAGCGCCUGAGCCCCAGCAGCGUGUCGCAGUCUGUGGGCUCGAGCAGCAGCAGCAGCACUGGGGAUAGCCACUCACACUCACUGUUGCACUCACACAUCCACGGCCCUUCAUCCCUGCCGCCUCAGGGCUACGCCUGUGAGAGGGGCAUGGGCGGAGGCCACCGCCGGACAGCUCUUCUCAACUACGAAAACCUGCCCUCACUGCCACCUGUGUGGGAGUACAGCGCCUUGCAGCGGGACGAUGAGCAGGAGGAGGACGAUGAAGAUCAGGAUGAGGACGAAUAUGAAGAAGAGGAGGAUGACUUUGACGAGUAUGAGUUCUCAGAAGGCCCAGGAACGCCCAAUGGGUACCACCAGGACAGUCGGGGUAUCCACCGCGACGCCCUUCAGAACUAUGUCAACACGGAGCAGGUGCAGCCACCCCGGCUUCGGCACCCCUGUCCUCCGCAUCCUCGGGCGUGUCGACCAGACAGCGCGGGGCGAAUAUUUAGCUUUGAUUUCCGAAGGCGAUCACGUUCAGGGGUCGGAGGUUGCGAGCACGGUCACAUGCCUCCAUCGCGGCAGCUGAAUUACAUCCAGGUGGACCUGGAGGAAGAACCUCCCCGCCAAGCCCUCGGCAGCGGGGGUGCCCAGCCACAGCACCAGCGCCUACCACCCAAACAAUGUGGCCCGCCGGUACCCAGACGCAGCGAGUGCUACGCCGUAAUUGACCUGAAGAAGACCGCUGCCAUGUCCAACCUGCAGAAAGCGCUGCCCAGGGAUGAUGGGACUUCCAGAAAGACUCGCCACAACAGCACAGACCUGCCUCUGUAAAUGAAGUUCAGACUGGAGACAGAUGAAGGCCUCAUCCUCAUGUUAGCACACUGGACCCUUCACUGUCAUCCAUCCAUUCAAGCGUUGGGAUGACUAAAUCGGUACAGGUACCUAAUUAGAAACUCAGUGAAAGUGAAUUGUGAAUGGAAAUGAGAAAAGUCUGAGGAGAAUUUGAAGUUAUCUUUAUUUGUCAAACAUCAGGUUAAAACUUUCUUAAGAGCAUCAAGUUUCAUAUAAAUGUACGAAGGCAGUGCCUUGCAGAAGUACUUGUGUCUCUUAGAGUUUUUCACAAUUUGUAAUCUUAUGAACGCAAACUUUAAAUGCCUUUUUGGAGGGAUUUUAUGUGAUACAACAACACAAAGUAAUACCCAACUGUGAAGGGAGUAAAAAUGUGUAUUUUUUGACAGGUUUAAAAGAUUUACAGCCUCUAACAGGCUUUCUCCCAGGUUUGAACUGGAACUAGCUCCGUCCUUUUUCUUAUCAACUCUGACCAGCUUUGCUGGUCCUACUAAGGAAAACUGUCUCCACAGCAUGAUGGUGCCACCACUCUGUUUCACAGUGAGGAUGAUGUUUUCAGGUUAAUCUACAGAUAUAAUUUUUUUAUAUAGACCAGAAAUUUCAAUUUUGAUCUCAUUUGUCAAGAUCAGCCUAUUCCAAACAUUUGCUGUGUCCCUCACAUGCAUUGUGUUUAAAACUUCUUCUUGCAAAGCUUUCAGAAAUCACAAAUUUGUGGUGGGCAUGACUCCUCAUCAUGUCGGCAGAUCUUCCCACCUCAGCUGUGGAUCACUGCAGCGCCUCUACAUCCACAGGAGUAAAGUUGUGUUUAUACAGAGACAAAAUUAGUCACAGGUGAAAAGUGAUUGAUUAGAUGACUUUGGAAGUCAGUUAGUUAGUUGCAUUGAACUUUAUUACUAUUGUGCUGGUCUGUCUCAUAAAAUCCCAAUGACAUGCAUUGAUUGGUUCAGGUAUGACGAGGUGUUUUGCAAGACGCUGUAUUCUUCUAAAUAUGAUGCUUUAUGCUUCGCUGUUGUCCAACAGAGGUCUUCAUUUUUGGUGGAAGAAGUCAUUGCCAUACGGUAUUAUCAAGUUGGAUAUUGCAUUUCAUUCAUGUUUUUUUUUUUUAACAUGUAAUAGUCUAAACAUCAGAGAUGCAACCGUCAUCAGAGAGGAACCAUUGAUGGCAUGAAGGCAGGUCAACGGUUUCCAUUCUGACCGGUGUUCAUACCUCAUCACAAGCACUUAAGUCUAACGUUGUGGCUCGUAUGUUUAUUACUGUAUGCCUAAAAAGCAUUUUGCACACAAUCCUAUGGAAUUGUAUCGAAUCAUAUUGUAGAAGCCGUCUUAACCAAGCAGAGUUUUAAAGGGGGGUCGGGGUGUGGAUGGGAUAAAAAGAAAAGAUUGGGAGAUUUGGAGAGUGGUACUUAACUGUAUGACGGUUCACGUAGCACACGCGGAGUAAAUUAAGUUUGGCUCUCUGCUGUUGGCAUGCAGAAAUCAAAACCGUAGCAUAUCAUCCUCAGUCACAUCUCCUGCAUAUCAUUCCUGACGCAAGGGAGGGUGGGUCCAUGCUUGUCACGUUGCACUUUUGACUUUAGGCCACUUUGUCACCACUGCAGCCACAGGUUGGGUCCUUUUUGCCACAAAAAUCGGGGCCAAAGGGACACUGUUCGACAUCAGCUCCAAUAGUUUAAAGUGUAAAGUGUUCUCGGUUAGAGACGUUGAUAACCUCAAACAGUGGCAUUAAGCUGUAACCUCAUGGGAACUGAGCUAAAUCUAUGAUUUGUCAGUUAUCAGGGCUGUUUUAAAGGGAGUUUAAGCAUGUUGCAAAGUCAUAAAGUUGCUUUUUUUUCCAAGUUAUUUAUAAACCGUCUCAAAUAUUUAUUUAUUUAUAACAUAUUUAUUUAUUCAUUUAAAAAAAAAAAAGUAAUUUAUUAUUCCUCCAUACAAUGACCAGCGUUUUGUAGUCCAGUAGGUAAUCUGGAGACCAAAGUUUCACCUCAAAUUAUCACUGGACUCUGGUGUAUUACUGUUAUUAAUAUGCUUAAGUAUAUUUUUGAAAAAAAAAAAAAAAAAAAGAAUGACUGUAUUUAUAUUUUAAGUGCCAAAUUGUAAUUGCUACCAGUCGGAAGAAUUAAAAAGUAAAAUGUGCCAUAGGGAUUUUUUUAGGGGGAAAUCGGGGGGAGAGAUGAGGCACAAAGUGAAAAUGGGUGAAGAAGGGUACAAAUAAAUACAACAAUCCAGUUUUUUGAAAGUCUUUCAAAUUAAAAUAAUAAAAACCACACAUUCCACCUCAUCCACAUCGAUAGCCAUGCUAAAGGGAAACACGAGAAGGAUAAUCUUUUAGUCUGAUAAUCACUGUUCUGGUGGUUUUUGCUGCUACUUGUACAUACUAACAGUAGCCCAUAUAAGCUACAGGUACAUGUCAAAAUGAGAAAAAUAAUGUGAUGUCAGACUUUUUACCAUGUUGUCAAUAGGAAUAGUGCCGUUGUCGUCUUCUGGUUUUAUUUGUGGGCGGCAGGAAUGUCACGGCUCAUUUCGGAGGGGGUCAGUGUGGUCAAAACAUCGUUCCAUGCAGACAGAUUUAUCCUGAACUGACUGAAAGAAAACGCAAGGGAAUCACAGGCAUCCAUCUUUAUUCUGAUUGCUCAUAUUAGCUUUGCGUGUAAAGCUGAUGGAAAGAGAGAUGUUUUUAGAUUUACGCUUGUGGAAUCAUCGGAAGGCAGAUUCACUGUGGCGUUUAACUCAAGGUGAUCUUUUUGUCCUUCAGCCAGAGUGUUAAUUUGAAACAGGUGCAGACUCUCAACUUCUGACAGGGAGUUGUUUUUGGCUUCAUAGACUGCUACAGGUGUUAAACAAAGGAAAACACUGCAGAUCACCAUGUUAGUAAAACAUGUUUUAUUUCCAAAAAAAAAAAAGCUUUGAAAUAAUUUCAUUAGUCAUGAAAAAAAAAAUAUUUGUAUUUCAGUGAUUGUGUCUUUUUCUACAUGGUGCGUAAAAUUCAGAUUUUACCUGUGUGUAUCAGUUAAAGAGGGGGUAUUUUGAAAAAUCCUGUUGAAACUUUAUAUAGUUUUCUGUUAUUCUCUCAACAAGAUAAUACUCUGGACCUGGGCGUUUGCUGAGCCCGUCAUAGGAACUUCCUCUCAGUCCCAGCACUUGGAGGAGCAUCGUUGGGAUGAUGUCUUUAAGGCAAAGAGCAGGAGGUUAGGACAUGCAGGCCCACCUUCGAGGCUUCAAAUUGCUUCGUCAAAUUUAUUUUAAGUCAUGUUGAUAUAUGCAGCACUUUCAUAACAGCUGAAAGAAAGAUGGUUACCCGAUAGUUGUGUAAAAUGGCGCAGUGUGUUAGUAAAGGUCAUAAUACCCCUUCUUUAACAUUUUUUCCCACCGCUACGGUGUGGGUUUUAGGACGGAUUUUAUUCUGACACAGACUUUAUUCCCAAGACCUUUUCAUCAGAAGACGUUUUUGCUGAGACUUUUUAUUCUGAUGCCUUUCAGUCAUAGGUUUGGUGGGAUUUUUGUCUAUGAUCUGACAUCUGAGACCAUUUGCUCUAAUGUGUGAUGAUGUUUUCCUGAGACCUGAGGAUGUCCUAAAAUACACAAUGCAGCAGAAGCUUCAAAUAACCACAUCAGAAGUUGAGAGCUUGUAUUUUAUUUAGUUUUUGUACUGGAUAAAAAAAAAAGACAUCUUGAAGACAACAUUGAUGGCUGAAGCAUUGAUGCACAGAGGGAUGUUUACAUUUUUGCAAUAAUAGGACUAUUAUUGUUUUACGGAUCUAAAUUGGAACGACACGUGAAGUGUGAAAUCUGUAGCUUGUAGAGCCGUAAGCUAUAUGUGUGUGUGUGUGUUCGCCUUCGAGGAGCAGAUGUAGAAAAUUUACCAAAAAAAAAAAGAAAAAUGUUUUCUUUAUCGUUACUCGACUCUUAACAUCACCACGCAGUAGGUGACCGCUGAGAGUGCUUGUAGUAGAUUAUCUCGUGUUACAACUUUUAAAGCAGCGGUGUUUAAUCUUACAAAAAUCAGCAGGUGAUCUAUGUGUAUUUUUGACAUGUGGUUUUAAAGUCAUUAAAAAUAACUGUGGUAACUAACUUUUGUUAUUAAAUAAUAACCUCACCCAGUUUGUUUUAAAGCAUCAGCACCAGCUUCUCUUGUGUUCAUGGGCCAACAAUCAGAAGAAAUGGGAACAUGAAGCGAACGUCCUCCAGGUCUUUCUGUUGCCAAGCCGUUAUGUGAUCGUACUCCUCUGGAGGUCAAGCGGAGUGCAGCUCCGCGCUCAGAGCUGGAUUCACGUCCAUGCUGUCUCAAGGCUUUCAUAACUGUUGAGUGUUGAUGCUUGAGGCGCUGUUUCACACAGGUGUUAAAGAUGCUGAGUGCCAGUUAAAAUUAGGUUCUUUUUGUAAUCUGGGGGGCAAGUAGCUACACGUUACUUGGCCCACAGAUGGGAUGGAUCAUAAAUCCGUCCCAUCAAUAGUUUUGACGAACUGGAUUUACAGAAGAAAGAAGUUGAAGUUAAAAAAAAAAGGGCUCGCUAUGUUUUUACAGUGUAAAAUGUGAUUGCGUCCAUGUACCUUGUGUGUUUAUUUUAAUUUUUUAUUUGCAUUGUGCCUUGCAUUCUCACACUGGUUUAACAUUUUUGCUGGAAGUGAAGCUGUUGUUUUGUUUAGUUUUUUAAAGGUGCCUGUUGGAAGUUCGGAGACAUAACAAGGCUCAAAGGAAAAUGUUUUCAAUUUCAGGUCCUGAAAACAAUGUGCCAACAUCUGAUUUGCAUAUCGCUGCUUUUACGAGAUUUUCACUGAAGGAAUGUUUGAAUCAGUUGCUUAAAUUAUAAUCUCUGUUCGGAUUUGGAGAAGCAUGUUGCCACUCACUUGUCUUUGCUUUAUUCCAUUGUCUAAAAACUUUGUUUGUUUUUUUUUCAGAAAAAUUUUGCCACAGAGGCCACAAUAUAUAAAAAAACCAAAAUCCUAAAUCCUCUUUUCUUGUUUUCAUGUACAGCAGAUCCCAAAAUUCUACAUACAAGAUAAAAGUAUUAAAUGAAAAACUAUACAAACAUCUGGUCGCUACACACUUAACAUAUCAUUUAGAAGCACCUUCUAAUUCAGCUUUAGCAUGUUUCCUUUGGGACAAAAUAACUCACAAUUUUGUCCAAGACAUUGCAGAUAGUUCUAAAAUGUAGAACAUGGUCGAUGCUUGUUGGAUGUUUCAGCUGCUCCUUCAGUUUUGCCCAGGGUCUCUGUAGAUGAGACCCCUGACCAAUUGGAGUCUCAUCUCUUUGGUGGUUUUGAGGAAACACCCAGUUUUUCCAGCGCCCCCUCCCUAUGCUUUCUCUAAUUGUCAGCAGUGGUUCCUUUCAUUGUAUUAUGUUGUGUUGUAUGCAUAUUAUGCUGAGAUUUGGUUGCUACCUUUGUAUAGUGAGAUUAUUGUGACCUCAUGUAACCUUUUUGCAAAUAUUAAAGUCUUGCAAGGACAGAUUAACUUCUCUAUAAUUAAUAACAAAUUUGAAUUCAAAACUGUCAAAACUGAAUCAAAAGCUGCUUCAACAAAUUAUUAGUUCACAGAUUUGCACCUUAUUGCGUCAAGUUAACGUCAGCUUUUUGGUUUUAUAUCCUAUCCUCUAAAACGUUUUCUACUUCAAUCUGGAUUUGUAUCAUAUGUGAAAAAGAUUAAACAUAUUUCCAAAGUAUUUCUUUACGUAAACAAAAAAAACAACAACUGUCAUUUCUAAAUGGGUGUGUACUGUCAGUAGUAGGGAUUAACCAAAUAUUCGAGCCAGAUUUUUUCCACUGUUCUUCAUGAUUCCCCUCAGAGUUUGUUUAAAAAAACUUGACCGCAAGUAUAACGACUUCUCGGGUAUUUUUUAAAGCUUACCAACAUCUCGACUAGCUCUGCUAUCUGUUGAAAACAUGUCUGCUCCUGUUCAUGGCGUCAACGGGCAUUGCCUGGCAUCGUGCCCGUGAAGGUUUAACCGAAAAUAUCAAGCACCUUAACAGCUUCAGUUUGAAAAAAACAGGUCUUGCGUAACCAUAUCUGCAUGUGGAUCUGUUUCCUGCAUGACAUUUUCACAAACUUGUGGUUUUCUUUUGCUUCCCAUUGAUACCGAGCUGUGGGAAAACUUUUGUCCCCAUUAACAAGGCAGUAAACAGGAUCAUUGCCAUCAGAUGGUCUGUCAGAGUUUCAAAGUCAUUGUAAAUUGUAGCACGUAGCUGUAGUUUACAAUGCUACCCGAGGACGCUUCAUUAGCUGUUUCCUCCUGCUGAUUUGCCUGAUCUGGAAAAAGAUUAGACAAAUAACUACAAAUAUACACAUUCACACCCAAGGGCACUUCAGAUAAUCCAUCAUGCAUGUUCCUGUCAGUAGUAGGGAUUACUCUGGGAGGAAACUGGAGUCUCCUUGUGAAACUGUUUCAUAUACAGGAAAGAACAUAAAUACUCCUCAUGCAACAGUCCCAACUCUGCAGCCUAAUAUUAGAUUAAAAUUGUGCCAUUAAAGCUGCACUUUGAAUCAGUUGGGGUCAUUUUUGAUGUUGCGUUCACAGCAAAGACUCGGGAGUGGCAUUAAUGUACUUCUCCGACUCUUGGGUAGUCAUCUAAAAUGUGGAUGUAAUCCUGUCAAAUCUGAAUGCGCCAUCAUGGUUUUGUAAGGACUAACAAGAGAAGAAAUUUGUUUCAGAAGAGACAUUCAUGAAGGCGUAAGUCACGACCGAAGCUGCAUGUUGUCAAACAUGAGGAGUUAAAUAUCAGGGGAUUGUGCUGAAUUUCAUGACAAUCUGAUUUCUCAUCAGCUGACAACUGUUCUCGUAGUGACCAUGGGAAUACUUUUUUUUUUCUUUUUCUUACAUGUACUUCUCAAAUAUGGAUUUUAAUUGGUGUAGUUUUUUUUAAAAGUAGGACUUAAUUGAAAUCUGGCAUCAGAUUCUAAGAGUACAGUAAAACCAGAGAGACAAAGCCAGCAGUCAGUGCCACUCAUCAUCUUCAUUAAGUUUCCAUUCUCAUUUUAGUGAUUUGCUUCUUUUUUUAUGCAUCAUAUUUAAAAAAAAUAUCUUCCUUCAUACGACAUUAAACAAAUAACAUGUUGCUAAACCUCAACUUUCUGUCCCAGCUGUGAGUUAAAUCUGUCAAAUACUGGAAGUAUCAGAAGACUAAUAUCUCAUGUUAUAACUGUAUUUUACUUUUUAAUCUCUUUUUCUUGUCUGGUUCUGGCUGUAAUUGCCACCAGAGGGUGAUGUACAUGUACGGGUCCGAGCUGUACAUUUUUCCUUUUUUUGUGACAGAUUUGUGUAUUUAUGUGCAGGUGGGAAUAAAACUUUGUGACUACUAUAUGAAUUUCUGAAUGGAAUGAGUGCCAAAUAUGCCUGAGCAUGAUAAAUUGUGUAACUCAAGAGGAGCCGUCGGUACUCCUGACUCAUGAAAGUGAGACUUGAGUGACUCACUGCAGCGGAGGAAAAAAUAAAUAAAAAAAUAAAUAAAAAAAUCGAAUGCACAGCUGAAGGCUCGAUCAUGCUCAAUAUUUUUGCUGAAAGUGCGAAAAACUUUACGAAUUUUUGUCUUUGUUUUUUUUAAAAAAAGGGCGGGGGAAGGAAAAAAGGUUCUUCAAAAAUAUUUGUUGUAUGUUUCUGUGUCCAUCCAUGGCUUAAAAAUGCUGUCAGUGAUGGUCUUCUUCAUGCGCCAUUAGCGGUGAAUAUUAAAAGCUGAUUUACUUAAUUUUUUUUGGACUUGGUAAAAAAAACAAAAAAAAAAACAAAAACACAUUUGGGUUACUUUCAUUUUUGAAUUACUCAGUUUUUGUGUGUUUCUAAUCAUCCCGAAAACAAAGUGAGCCUGACAUUCGAUGAAUUUUAUUCUGGAUUUAUUCAAUUAUUUGUCCAAAAUGUAAAAGUAAAUGUAAUUCUAAUAUUAAAAUGAAACUAUGAAAAUA